AUGAGUUCAUUUCGGAAGCUAUCCGUUUUACUUCUCGUUGUUCAAGCACUUGGAUCAUGGGUAGAUCCAGAUACUCCCGAGGAAGCCCAAGCUACAGUGCCAUUGAGUCCUUUAGAUAAUAGAACAUACGAACUCGUUUUCUCGGAUGAGUUUGAACAAGACAACAGAACAUUUCACGAUGGAAACGACCCGCGGUGGACUGCUCUGAAUAAAAAUGAUUACACAAAUGCAGCACUCCAUUUCUACAGUCAUGACAAUGCGAAAACUUCCGAUGGAAAACUGAAGAUUACAACAGAGGAGAAGGUUAACGCGUACAGAGCAUUCAACGAAACCACCAAAAAGUUCUUUAUGGACAAGAAGCAUAUCCAAUCUGCAAUGGUUCAGAGUUGGAAUAAAUUCUGUUUCACAGGUGGAAUUAUCGAGUUUCGCGCCAAACUGCCAGGAGAUGCACACACCGGGGGAUUGUGGCCGGCCAUGUGGAUGCUUGGAAAUUUGGCUCGUGCGACAUAUGUUGGUUCUUCGGAUUACGUUUGGCCAUAUAGCUACAAUCAAUGCGACCGGAAUAAGCAAGAGGCCCAAGAAAUCAAUGCUUGCCAAAAGGUUUCCCAUUAUGGGAUGGAGCCAGGAGCCGGCAGAGGUGCACCGGAGAUCGAUGUGAUCGAGGCCAUGCAAGGAGAAAUUGAGAAGCUUCCAAAUACAAACAUUACCAGACCAUACCAGUCUUGCUCUCUACAGGUUGCACCUGGAAUCGAGCGCAAUCGCCCAGAACUUGGGCAUAAACCAAAAAAGGGAUACUGGUACACUGGUAUGGAAUACAAUACAGAUAGUAACGAGACAAGAUCAGAACUGAAUCCAUUCUUUUACGGCGUCACGCUUGAGCAUGAGCAAAAGUCAAAAACUUACCAGGCUGAUGCCCUCUCUGCAAAUACCGGUUUGAAUGACACGCACUACAAAGAGCAGCAUACAUAUAGAGUAGAAUGGGAUCCACCGGAAGAAGAUGGAAGUGGAGGACAUAUUCGAUGGUACACAGAUGAGGAAUUUGUUUAUAGUGUCAAGGGUUCGGACCUUUCAAUUACUGGAAGUGAAAUCCCCAGUGAAGCAAUGUACUUGAUCAUGAACACUGCAGUUGCUAGUACUUGGGGCUUCCCAGCCCCCUGUCCCAGCGGCUGCAAGUGUUCAUGCUUUGAAUGUGGAAACCCCGAUUGUGCCUGUGCUCUCCCUCCUGGAUACUGUGACAACUUUCCUGCAUCUUUUGAGAUUGAGCACGUACGCGUCUACCAAGCAGUGAACGAACGGAAACACACGCUUGGCUGCUCCCCAGUAACGAGACCCACCGAACUCUUCAUCAAGGGUCACGCAAAAAGAUAUAUGGAAAAGGGAGAUAGGAUGCCUCUACAACCCGUUGUGAGCGGUGGAGCAUACUGCUCGACGGCGGGUGCAUGCGAAGGAUUUAGUACUUGCCAGAACGGGGUUUGUGUCUGUGAUGACGGAUACACUGGCCCAGAUUGUCUUGCAUAUGACGGAUUCUAUACCAAUGAAAAUCGUGCCAUAACCUCGGUUCCCAUCGGAUGGAGCAAAGUCUAUGUCCCAAAUGGAAUGGUUGCACUGAUAGCGCUCUUGGCUUUUGGAUUUAUUUUCGCAAUGAUCCAGGCGGUGAAGAGCAAAAAGUCUCGACAUCACUACAAGAAAGUAGAAAACGCCAAUGUAUUUGAAAACGAUGGAAGCCAAUCAUACCAGCAUUCCGAAUCACCAAAGCCAGAGGUAGUCACGUACUCGGUUAUCGAUGGGAAAUUGGUUGACAAGUGA